AUGGCUCCGUCGGAGAUCGAGCCAGCUUUACAUGAACCGUCUGGAUCAUUGGUUUUGAGUAGAGCAGACGAGUCAGAUCUUCGUUUCGCUAAUCUCAGGGGAGUUCGGUGGCGUGUGAAUCUCGGAGUUCUUCCGUCUUUUGAUUCUUCAAUCGAUGAGUUUCGCAGAGCAGCAGCUAAUUCUCGACGAAGAUAUGCUCUUCUCCGGAGAACACUUUUGAUCAAUCCACAUGUACUCAAGGAUAAACAUAGUUCCCUUAAUUUUAUCACUGACGACCCCUUGUCACAAAAUCCAAAUAGCACAUGGGGACAAUUCUUUCGUAUCUCGGAGUUGGCAAAAACACUUGAUCAAGACUUAUCAAGGUUAUAUCAAGAACAUUAUUGGUGUUAUUUUCAAACGCCUGUUUGCCAAGGAAUGCUGAGACGCAUUCUAUUGUUGUGGUGCCUGAAGCAUCCCGAGUAUGGGUAUAGGCAAGGAAUGCAUGAGCUUUUGGCACCUCUCCUUUAUGUACUUCAUGUUGAUAUCAUGCGUCUUUCUGAAGUGCGUAAAGACUAUGAAGAUAAUUUUACCGAUAGAUUUGAUAGUUUAUCUUCCGAGGAAAGAGAUAUCACAUACACUUUUGAUUUUAAUAAGUUCAUGGAUUCCAUGGACGAUGAAAUUGGAUCCCAGGGGUAUUCAAAGAAAAUUAAAAGUCUCGAUGAACUUGAUCCUGAAGUCCAGUCCAUUGUGAUGUUGAGUGACUCUUAUGGGGCCGAAAGUGAACUUGGCAUUGUCUUGUCUGAAAAAUUUAUGGAACAUGAUGCUUACUGUAUGUUUGAUGCUCUCAUGAGUGGGACUGAUGGUUGUGUCGCCAUGGCUAGCUUUUUUAGUUACCCUCCAGCCAGCGGAUCUCACACCGGGUUAACUCCAGUUCUUGAAGCUUGUACUGCAUUUUAUCGUCUUCUAGCUCUUGUUGAUUCAUCUCUGCACACCCAUCUAGUUGAACUUGGAGUUGAACCUCAGUACUUUGGUCUUCGUUGGUUGAGAGUUUUGUUUGGAAGAGAAUUUUUGCUUGAGGAUCUCUUGUUAGUGUGGGACGAGAUAUUUUCAGCAGGGAGUAGUGCAGAAACGGACACAACUGAUGAGGAUAGUAGAAACCACAGCUUUGGGAUCGUUGAUUGUCCUCGGGGUACCUUAAUCUUGGGAAUGGCUGUUUCAAUGAUAUUAUAUUUAAGAUCAACCUUGCUUUCUUCUGAAAAUGCAACAUGUUGUCUACAGAGACUAUUAAAUUUUCCAGAGAUUACUGACCUGAAUAAGAUAAUACAGAAGGCUAAGCUGUUACAAGUUUUGGUUUUGGAUACUGAUGUACGAUCAGCUCUGUCAAUAAAUUCUCUGUCAAGAAAUGGUGUCUUCGACCAGAGCAGUUAUGUACCUUCAAGAACUAAAAGUUGUCCAUCCGGCUCCACUUCACCUAGUUCUCCUUUGAUUCAAGCACCUGAAAGCUAUUGGGAGAAGAAAUGGAGAGUUCUACACAAAGGCAAAGAAGAAGAAAUGCAAAACGUUUUGGAGAAACAGAGUCCUCCUACACAGAAGAAAAGGAUGUGGCUAAAAGUGACAAACCUUUUCCGAGCAGUGACUGAUCUAUCACAUCAUAAGGCAGAGAAUGGGGAAAAGGAAGCAAACUUAUCUUCUCCAGUGACACGAAGUUUGCUUGAAGAUUUGUCUCAACAACUCCUUCCCGAACUAAAGGAAGCUAAUAGUAUUGAUUGUCUUGUGACUAUGAACAAGGAAGAUAACUCUCCUCAAGAAACUGAAGAAGACAUUAUGGAUUUUCAUUCUGCUAAUGAAGAGAGUAUUAUAAGUGGAAACUCACCCAGUGAGGAGAAUGCAUCCAUUUCUUCAGACCCUAUCAGUCCUGUCCUAGGUUCGAGCUACCUUGAAAACGGUUCAGAUUUAAAUUACUGCGGAAAUGAUUUACAUUGUAGUACUGGUUCAAAUCUGUUUCUUGAUGAUGAAAACUAUGAAGAUCCUCAAACAAGUGGAAACUCACCUGUUUCCAUAUCUCCAUGUCCGAAUAAUGAGUAUCCAGUAACUCAUUCUGAUGAAGACGAUCCCACAGAUAGAAAUGUGGGUGUUACUAAGGAGCACAGGCUUUUACAUGGAAUAGUCCAGUGGUUUCAAAAGUUUAAACGCUCUUUGUCCAGUGAGGAGACGAUUGAUAUAAAUGCUUCUGAUGCCACAAAAACCAACAAUGUUGAAAUAGAAAAGAACCAAAUCAGUUGCUACUCUGAGUUACACCCCCAAGCUUCAUCUUCUGGCCAAAAUAGAGACUCAGAUCAGAAUCUGUUGAAGACUCUGAAGAACCUUGGCCAGUCCAUGCUCAAACACAUUCAGGUAAUCGAGUUGGUUUUUCAACAACAACCUGGUAUGGUUCAGGCAGGAAUGGUAGGGAACUUAGCUAAACCCAAUUUGAUCGGAAAGGGACAAGUUACAGCUACAACAGCUCAUGGAGCUUCGGAAAAUCAGUAA